AUGGCUGGCAUUGAUUUUUUGGUAUUCGAAGGUGUUUCCAAUGAGUUGCGUCCAUGGAUUUCAGCGUUGGAAGAUCAAUUUGCUAUUGAGGAUUACUCCGAUUUGAACAAAUUGGCUUUAGCAGUGUAUCUUAUCAGAGGUAAAUCUGGGUCUUUUGUUCAAAGACGUCACGAGAUCAAGUAUUUUGAAACUUGGGAAGAUCUAAAAACAAGCUUGUUAUGGUGGUUUGGUGAACGUGACGAUCCAGAACGGAUGCGGUUGCAGGCGAAGAGAGACGAGUCGAGUCAAGCGAGUUGUCGAGUUAAGCAAGUCGUCGAGCAAGCGAGUUGUUGA